CUUGUCGUAGUUCUCCUCCCAAAGUUUGAUAGCUCAGCUCAUCAAUGGCGACUAAGAGAACGGGAGCCGGCAAAUCCGGCGGUAGAGACUCGAGCAUCUUAGCGAAGAUCGCGAAUCAUGAAAUCGCCAAUAAGGGGAGACGUGCAGCGUGCGACGCAGUCUACGUGUCGAAGAAGCUGUUACGAAGUACGGGGAAAGCUGCGUGGAUCGUGGGGACGAGUUUUCUCAUCCUCGUCGUGCCUUUACUCAUCCAAGCGGAGCGAGAUCAGAUGUUAGGCGAGAUUGAGCUUCAGCAAGCCAGCAUCCUCGGACCUCCACCUCCAGGAGCUCUACAAUAAGUAUAACUGUAGAAACCGAUCAUAUUAGAUAAUUAAAUUUCGAUUUUCAUGCCGUCCGAUUAGUUUCUAUUAGUUUCAUCUAUUAGUAUAAAGGAAGGAUCUUUUGGUGAUAACUUGAGCUUCCUUUAUUGUAUUGAUUCCUCAAGAAUAUUUAUGUUUUUCAUUAUCACAGUGUUUUUAUGUCA